GUGUGCCUCCCAUUAGACAACAAUGGCUGUGUAUGCAUGGACAGUUUGUGCUUGCUUAUCACUCUUAAUAGGCGGAUAUUACAUGAAGAAAUCAGGCCUCCUCUUCAAAUUGGGUUUUCCUAUAGGUUAUUUUUUGUACGCUAAGACAUCUCUUGGCUAUUUUUAUCAUCAAAAACGAGUCAAGAAGAGACCAGCUUCAUCGGCACCUCAUUCUAAAGUUGAGCCAGUAGCAGUUGAUGAUUCCAUCGUUAUUUAUCCUGUACCAUAUUUGGAGGACAAUUAUGCAUACUUAGUAGUUAAUGAAAAGACUAAACGAGCUGUAGCAGUAGAUCCUGCUCAUCAUGCUGUCUUAUUGGGUGCCUUGGAGAAGUAUGGUGUGACACUAGUUGGUGUUUUGGUGACGCACAAGCACUGGGAUCAUGCUGGUGGAAAUUAUGAGCUAAGAAAGACAUUUCCUCAUGUUCCUAUAUAUGGUGGACGUAAAGAUCUACCAGCUGGUACAACUCAUUUUGUUGAUCCUGGUGUUGAUAUUUUCAUUGAAGAAAUGAAUUUUCAUGCUAUUUGGACACCAGGCCACACUGUCGGUCACAUUGUGUACUUUCUAAAGUCCACUACACCUCCUUGUCUUUUUAGUGGUGAUCACUUAUUUAUUGGUGGCUGUGGGAAAAUAUUUGAAGAUAACCCUGAGGUUAUGUUUCAGUCAUUGCAAGCUAUAAAAGAAUUGCCAUCUGAUACUUUGAUAUUUCCUGGUCAUGAGUACAGCUGGUCAAAUUUGCAGUUUGCUCUUAUUUUUGAUCCACAUAAUGUUAAUGUCCAGAAGAAAUUAGACAAUAUAAAAAAGUUAAGACUCAAACGCCAGGCAACUGCUCCUGCUGUUUUAUCUGAAGAGCUACAGUAUAAUCCAUUUUUACGUACAGACAGUGUAGCAUUGAAAGAGACACUGAAACUGAAAGCUAAUGUAUCACAAGUGGAUGUUCUUAGAAAACUUAGACAAGAGAAAGAUAAAUUCAAAGCUGCUGCAUAACUAAAUUAGAAUUUUUAAAAGUAAAAUUUUGUAUUUCUUUGACAUAGCUACUAAUAAUUUUAAUAUUUAAAAAGCCACUCCCAUUA